UGCAGAUUCCAUUAGCCCCUUGGCACAAGCCACAGGCAGCUGCUGAGAGAAACACCUGUCGCAGGUCACAGGAAGGAGAGGCCCCACAGAGAUGCAAAGAGAGGGGAGGGCCGCAGCCCUCAUAGGUGCAUGAGACAGUCAGAGGAGAGUGAAAGCAGCGAGACAGAUUAACUGCGUAAGGAAAGCCAAACUUGUUUUUCUUGUUCCUGCAUAUCUCUGGAAGGUGGGACGUAUGCAUGUAAACAGCUCAGAUCAGAGCACAUACAACUCAGCACGAGGAUUGGUUUCUGUCCCUUGGAGUUAAACACUCAAACAGCACCAGAAGAUGUCUGCACCACCUCGGGUGGCCCCGAGAAAGAGCUCAGGCCUCCGGGUCAUGAUGCCUCCAGGAGAGCGGCCUCCUCCCGGCAGCCUGUCCAUCUACACAGUUUCUGAGAAUGGUGCCCACGAGGACUCAAAUCAUACAACUCAACAGAAUGCAGAGAGAGAAGUGGAGAUUCUGAACCACUGCUUUGACGACGUGGAGAGAUUCAUGGGGCGGCUGCAGCAGACGGCCGAGGCCCAGAGUGUUCUCGACCAAAGGAGGAAGAAGUCAAGGAAGAGCAAGAAGAAGACGGGACCCGAUGAUGAUUUGUUGACCAUGAAAGCGUCUCCUCCAUCAGAGGAAGACUUCUUGGACGUCUUUCAGAAAAUCAAGUACUCCCUCAGUCUGCUGGACCGUCUCAAGUCGUCCAUCUCACAGCCCGAUGCCUCCGACCUGCUGCAUCACAUCUUUCUGCCUCUCAGACUAAUGGUGAAAACCACCGGAGGCCCAGCCCUAGCUGCAUCCGUGGUCGGUCCUGCUAUGACCAGCGGUGCCGUUUCACUGCUCCAGGAGCAUCUGGCUGGAGGGGAAAAGGAACUCUGGACUUCAUUGGGGUCUAACUGGACUUCCUCAUGUUCGCACCUUGAUGUGUCGGCUGGUCCAUAUUCGCCCGUCUUCCUGGACGGAUGGCAGUCGCAGGCCUACGACUCAGCUGGGCAGCCUCUGGAAGAUCCCAUCGCGUUGCAGCACAAGCAGGAUGCCCUCAGGGAAAGGAAUCAGCCACAAACUCUGCAGAAACCAGCUCGACAAGCAUCGGAGGGCGCCGGUGAAGGCACUGAUGAAGUAGAUGGCAACGGGCUCCCACCAGAGGGAGAGAGGUUUUACUGCUGCAGCUACGACUUUGUGGCCAGAAACAGCACCGAACUGUCUGUGCUACAGGGAGAAACCCUGGAGGUAGUAGAGUCGGCGAAGCGAUGGUGGAAAUGUCGGAAUCGCUUCGACCAGAUAGGAUUUGUUCCCCACAACAUCCUGGAGCCUCUGUCUGCUCUGAACAACACGGGGAGGGACAAUCCACUGGUCCGGAGAGAGUCAAGGAUUGCACUUUCCCCUCCAGCAAACUACUUCUCAUUUCCUCCAUCCAGCCCGGAUGGGACCAGUCCUAAUGCUGCAAGCCCAACGACGCGCCCACAGAGCGGAGAAGAAAGUGACAGAGUCCUGAUAAUAAAUGAUGAGCUUCUGCAGCGGCUGGCUGGGAGGAAAGAGUCUGUCCGUCCGCCGGUGGCCCCUCGCACCCCGGACACUUCCACUUCCCUGAACUACCGCUCACCCCCUGCUGAGGUGGAGGCCUGGCUCACCGCUAAGGGCUUCAAUCAACAGACGAUUCGGGGUCUGGGCAUUUUAACUGGAGCGCAGCUUUUCACUCUGAACAAGGAGGAGCUCCGCCUAGUGGCACCGGAGGAUGGUGCAAGAGUCUACAGCCAGAUAAUGGUGCAGAAGACGCUUCUCGAGGAUGUGCACAAAGCCACGGAACUGGAGGCGGUGAUGGAGAAGCAAAAGCAGAAGAUCGGUGUGAAAUCGGAGGGUGGUGCAUUUUGACUGAGCCCGUCCACAUCCGCCGAUACAGUUGCGGCAUCAAACAUCAGUGGACGUACACGUGGUGUUGCUCGUACAGCUGGUGGCACAGAGGCACGUUUUAAUCGUGCGUGUUGUUGAGUCUCUUCUGUGCCAAAGAUUCAUGGACAUGAACGAGCUGUGUUCAAAGUAAAACUGUCUUACUAAUACUCUAAUAUUGAGACGAGCUUUAAACUCCUCGACAGUAUACUUAUUUUUGUUUUGUAUUUAGUGAAAUAUAUAAUAUAAAGUACAGAUGCAUACAGUUCUACAGUAUCCAGCCAUUACUCACAGUGAGAUUGAAGAAGAAACUAAUAAUUCCAGCAGUGAAAACGUGUGAAAUACAAUUUACACCAAGCUUAUUCUGACACUACUGGAUUUCAGAUGCAAAAGAUAGAUUUCAUUCGCCCGUCUGACUGAAAGCUUUACGAUUUUCGGAACUUCAGUUCAGUUUAAGGUAGAAACAGUGUGAGGGUUGUAAGGUGCAGCUGUGGCUUUGAGGGAGAACAGCAGGUUGUCUAUUAUUCGCAGGGUUGUUGGUGUGACCUGCCGUUGGUGUGGCUCCAGUUUCUUCUGUUACCUUUAAGACAGUGGCAUGGACGCUGGGAGUCGAGGUAAAGUGGAAAUACACUACCAGCAAGCAGCUCAGGACGGUCCCUCAUAGAGAAGACAGACCUGCUGUGAACCCAGUUGGAGAAUCGACGAGUGGCAUUUACCGAACCGAGCCACUGAGGGAAUUCAUGACUGUGUUGGGACCAGACUACUUCAGUGAGAUUCAAAAAGUAACUCAGGGCAUGAACAGUCUGAGUGAAUCACACUUUUUAUUGCAUUAACGUCAACCUGCAUUGAGACAAUGUUGCUUGCUGCAGACAAAUACACAUUGAAAUUAUUGUACGUCAUAAAUACACAAUUUCAGUCUAUGAGAUUCAAAAUGUUGCAUUGUGGCACACAUCAGAUCAGCAUGUAUAAGAGGGAUAUAAGGGAUACGUUGCUGUGGAUGUGGCAGCUUAAACAAUAUAUAUAUUUUUGUAUAACAGCUGUGUUUUCUAUGAUUAAAAUAUAUAAUAAAAAAUGUAUGUGAAGAAUUCUA